CUGGCACGACUCAGUUCUUUCGGACAGCGGUAGGAAAAAAAGCAAGUGCAUUAACAUUCGAGCUCUUAAAAAAAGAAAGCAUCAAUAAAUCGGAAAUAAAUAAAUUAUAAUUUCUAUUCAAUGUGGAUAUCAAUUUACACAAGAAAUUUAAGAAACAACAAAUAAAUACACGAACCGUGGUAAAGAAAGUACAGUGAAAAUAAUUUGGUGUCUUUUUUCGUUUGAGAAGAAAGAAGAAAAUUCGAAGAAGAAAGAAUCGGAGAAAAUUUGUGUGAAAGGGAGAAAUAUUGCAAAAGAAGAAAAAAGGGUUCAUCAAUCCUCGAAAGAAGAAUUUCCAUUGGUGACUAAUAUUUGUUUGACCAAAACGCCAAAACCAAAGAUCCACAUAUACUUCGCAACAAUUUUCUUUUUUUCCAUCUUAUUAAAACGAAAUUGUAACGUCUUUUUCGUAGAAACUAGACUUUUCUGGACAAAAAAAAAAUUGCUGACAACACCACGCUACCAACACCGUUCAGUACUACUUUUGACCUUGUUUGUGUCUUUCUUUCAUUUAAUUUCGAUUGCUUGUUGCGGCAUUACUUCAAGUGACACAGAAAAAGGGCCAUCAUACAUUUGCUUUGCGUUGCGUUUUUUUGGAGUUUUCAUAUUUUUUUGCGGCCAGAAAAACAAGCGGAAUAAAAUUACAGCAACAACCAAAAGCAGCAGCACCAGCAGAUCAGAGAAAGAGUCAAUAACACUUUCUCCCACCGACGAUAGAGUCACACACACACACACACACACAAACAAGCCAGCAAAGCGUCUUAGACAAACGUCUACCACAACAACAACAACAACAAACACCAAUAAAAGCGCGUGCGCCAAACUCACACAAACGGCUUUUUAAUGAUGUCGUCCGAUCAACAGUUCUUUUUAAAAUGGAACGAUUUUCAAACGAAUAUGGUCACGUCGUUUCGACACCUAAGGGAUGAGAAAAGUUUUACAGAUGUAACACUUGCUUGUGAGGGACAGACAUGUAAAGCACACAAAAUGGUACUAUCAGCUUGUAGUCCGUAUUUCAAAGCCUUGUUAGAGGAAAAUCCCUCCAAGCAUCCCAUCAUAAUCUUAAAGGACGUUUCCUAUAUACAUCUGCAAGCUAUACUAGAAUUCAUGUAUGCCGGUGAGGUGAAUGUAUCACAAGAGCAAUUACCUGCAUUCCUAAAGACAGCUGAUCGCCUAAAAGUGAAAGGUCUGGCAGAGACACCCAGUUCUAUAAAGCGGGAGGGUUGAUGGUGGUAAAGCUAAGUUAUAAAUCAUACAUACAUACAUGGAAAACUCUUUAACACAAAACACACACACAUACACACACUUCUUUUUUAAUUUCGUAUCCAUUUUGGAAUAUUAUAAACAAUGUUUGUGCUAAGUAUACCUAAACCCCAAACAAUAUUGAUUAAAAAAAAAACAGGACAAGUACAGCUAUACACACACACAAACGAGACUUUUUAACGCAGAAA